CUCUGCCUGCCAGACAGUCUAAACCUUCACAAAGACCAGCAAAGGUCAAAGAAGCCAGGUGAAGUACAGAUGUUUAGCCAAUCAGAGUUAAGGACCAUAGAGCAAUCCUUGCUGGCUACCCGAGUGGGAAGCAUUGCCGAACUCAGUGAUCUGGUGUCUCGAGCAAUGCAUCACCUCCAGCCACUCAACUCAAAGCAACAUGGCAACGGCACUCCAAUGCACCACAAGCAGGGAUCGCUAUACUGGGAACCCGAGGCUUUGUAUACUCUCUGUUAUUUUAUGCAUUGUCCACAGAUGGAAUGGGAAAACCCUAAUGUUGAGCCUUCAAAAGUUACACUGCAGAUUGAAAGGCCAUUCAUAGUGCUGCCACCCCUGAUGGAAUGGAUAAGGGUUGCUUUGGCUCAUGCAGGGCACCGUCGUAGUUUCUCUGUGGACAGUGAUGAUGUACGGCAAGCAGCAAGGCUCUUACUACCUGGAGUUGACUGUGAACCUCGACAGUUAAAAAUCGAUGACUGCUUCUGUGCUUCUCGAAAACUGGACGCGGUAGCCACAGAAGCUAAAUUCAAACAGGAUCUGGGAUUCCGAAUGCUGAACUGCGGCCGAACAGAUCUAGUUAAACAGGCCAUAUCUUUGCUGGGGCCAGAUGGAAUUAACAGCAUGAGUGAACAGGGCAUGACUCCACUGAUGUAUGCUUGUGUCAGGGGUGAUGAGGCUAUGGUGCAGAUGCUACUAGAUGCUGGAGCAGAUUUGAAUGUUGAGGUUGUCAGUACAGCUCAUAAAUAUCCAUCCGUCCACCCCGAGACCCGCCAUUGGACAGCUCUAACAUUUGCUGUGUUGCAUGGACAUAUUCCUGUAGUUCAGCUAUUGCUCGAUGCUGGAGCAAAGGUAGAAGGUUCUUUAGAGCAUGGAGAGGAAAAUUACUCGGAAACUCCUUUGCAACUGGCAGCAGCUGCUGGAAAUUUUGAACUGGUGACUUUGCUGUUGGAGCGAGGUGCUGACCCAAUGAUAGGAACAAUGUACAGAAAUGGAAUUUCCAUGACUCCACAAGGUGACAUGAACUCUUUCAGUCAGGCUGCUGCACAUGGACACAGCCUUCCAGAGGACCGUAGAUGCAGGAAUGUGUUUCGUAAGCUGCUUGCUCAGCCAGAGAAAGAGAAGAGUGAUAUUCUGUCCCUGGAGGAAAUACUAGCUGAGGGAACUGACUUGGCAGAUGCUGCACCAGCCCCUUUGUGCGCCAGCCGCAACAGCAAGGCCAAACUGAAAGCCCUGAAAGAAGCCAUGUACCACAGCGCCGAGCAUGGAUAUGUGGAUGUCACUAUUGACAUAAGGAGCAUAGGAGUUCCAUGGACGCUACAUACAUGGUUGGAGUCUUUGCGAACUUCCUUUCAGCAGCACAGAAGGCCUCUCAUCCAAUGUUUGUUAAAGGAAUUUAAAUCCAUUCAGGAGGAAGAGUACACUGAGGAGCUCAUCACACAUGGCUUGCCUUUGAUGUUUGAGAUACUGAAAGCAAGUAAGUUCAGAAUAACCAGGACCCAAGUCCUCCACACAUGUACAUCUUGCAUUCUCCAUGUGAGAUGUGAACAUCAGAAUGAAGUGAUAAGUCAGCAACUGUCUGUCAUUUUCACCCAUUGCUAUGGACCUUAUCCUAUUCCAAAGCUUGUUGAAAUCAAACGAAAGCAGACCUCUCGUUUAGAUCCCCAUUUUCUUAACAAUAAAGAGAUGUCAGAUGUUACAUUUCUGGUGGAAGGAAGACCAUUUUAUGCACAUCGAGUGUUACUAUUUACUGCAUCCCCAAGGUUUAAAGCGCUGCUAUCUAGCAAACCCUCAGCUGAGAACACUUGUAUUGAGAUCAGCUAUGUGAAGUACCCCAUAUUUCAGCUGGUUAUGCAGUAUCUUUAUUGUGGCGGUGCAGAAUCACUCCUGAUUAAGAAUAAUGAAAUAAUGGAGCUUCUCUCUGCUGCUAAAUUUUUCCAGCUUGAAGCCUUGCAACGACACUGUGAGAUCAUCUGUGCCAAAAGUAUAAACACAGAAAAUUGUGUGGAUAUUUAUAAUCAUGCCAAGUUUCUCGGAGUCACAGAACUAUCCUCCUAUUGUGAAGGCUACUUCCUAAAAAAUAUGAUGGUCCUCAUUGAAAAUGAAGCUUUCAAACAGCUGUUGUAUGACAAGAAUGGAGACACGUCUGGUCAGAAUGUACUACAAGACUUACAGAGGACGUUGGCGACACGGAUUCAGUCAAUUCAUUUGUCAUCUUCAAAGGGCUCCGUUGUAUAAAGUUCAGGAAGGAGGUCGCACUCAGAAAAGACACUGCGAAUUCAGGCUCCUGUUGCAGUUGCUUAAAUGAACAUACAAAAUUCUACUUCACAUUGGAAUAUAUAUAUAUAUAUAUUUUGUUGGCCAAAGGUGCUGAUUUUAGGCUGCAGUCUCACUUAGAUGAGGGAAUGCUGUACAUAUGGCUCCUACCCAUUUUUGAGAAACAAGGAUAUAGCACUAUUCUGUGAAUUACUGUUAUGUUCAAUUCUGAAUGCAAAAGUGUGGUCUUGGAGCUAAUGCCAACAAAAACCAGAAUUCACCAAUGAACAGCAGAAGCCUCUGCCUGAACAAAGACACCAUGUACCACUUAAACUGACAAAUGAGUUAUUUAAGGUUAUUUUGCUCCAUCAUGUUAUACAUUUAAGAACUGUACUGUACCUAUCCCAGAGUCCAUUCUAUUGUGCAUUUAAGAAAUGUAAGAUUUGUUAGUUGCUGUUUCAUAAGGAUCAACUGUGUUAGAGAGUUGGUAAGGCUGUUAUAAAUGAGGAAAUAUACUGGCAAAUUUUUAGGGGUGGGAACUUUUUAAAAUUGUUCAUAACAAAUGGGGUGGCCUUGUAGUUUAAAAUCUAUUUCUUAAGCUUAAAAAUUCAUUUUUGACAGAGUUGUGUUCGCGAAUCUGUGUACCAUGUUUUCUUUUUUAAAGGCACACUGUGUAAAUACUGUAUACAUAUGAGCAGGUUUUGCUUAUAUUCUUUCCUAAGGUGGUAUAAUCUUGCCUAAAUGGUUAUGGUUACAUCAAAGAGGUAUAUUACCAAGACAAUAUCUAACACGGUAGUUGGGGAAUAAAAAUCUGCAUGCUAAUUGUGAUUUGGGAUUAAAAACAAUAACAAACUCAACAUGCAUUUGCAUGGUAACUGUACCUGUGAAAUGUUAUGUUUGUGCUUUGUUUUGCCAAGACUGCUUGUCAAACUCCGUUUGCGAAAUUAGCACAUUUACUUUCCUUUCUUGGUGCAAAUGGUAGUGAGAUGAUUCCCACAGAGACUUAUUGGAAGAUGCUGAUUUCCGUUUGUUACAUGGAAGAGUUAAUAUCAGCCUUUACUCUAGUAACAUAUCAAUAUUUCGCUAGUGGCCAGAGAUUGUGACUAAGUUAGACUUUUUUAAAUUAUUAUUAAAUAUGUACUAUAGAAUAAUUUCUUACUGUAUCCUCAGAAUGUAUAGGUUAUCUACAAUGGAGAUGUUCAAUGUCAGGGCUCAAUUUAUUUUGCAGCAUACUGUUAGCAAGAGAGAUCUGUUAAGUGCCACAAUUUUCUGGACAUCUUGUACUUGAUGAUACCUUUCAUGAAUCGGUUGCUUUAAAACACAGGGAAGACCUCAGUAAAGAGUAGGAGAAAGGCACUACCUUUUCAGUGGCAAAAUUACAUGUAUUUCUUUUCUAGCAUGCUUUUUGAAACUGUGCCCAGUUCACAGAUUUUUAGGAGCUUUAAUUUGACAGUGCAUGGUAACUUCUUGGUCUUUUGUUAGAGUAUUUAUGUCCAGUGCUAUUUCCUGUUUAUAGCUUUUGGAAUGCUCAGAAAACACAGUCUUUGCAUUAGUUAUCAACAUGAUAGGAGACUGUUUUAUUGUUCUGAUCUGUAAAUCCUCCCGUAUGCUUGAUCAUUUUAAAGCCUAUACAGUAUCUGCAACAAAUUACAAAAUUGUCUAAACUACCAUUAAUGUCUCAGAGACACAGCAUGUCAGCCUAACAAUGAAUUAUCAGACAAUUUGUUUCUGCAUAUGAUAUGCCAUAUAAAAUGUUGUCUAGAACAUUUAGCUACUGGCGACUUACUUUUCUGUGAAUGUUGCAAUGCUAAAGAAGCAAGAACCUGAUAAAUGCAAUCGGAACACUUGGGGGUGCUUAUAUUAUAGUUUGGUGUGCUUCCUCACUCACUGAAACCCAUUCUUCCAUAUUGGUAACAAUCUACAUAAUAAAAACAAAUCUCACCCAGCAGCUUAAUGUUAAUUUCUCUAAAUAUAAAAUUACAGUGCUCCAGAUUUUUAUCAAGUAGGCCAAAUUCUACCCUCAGGUACACACACAGCUCCCACUAAAGUCAUCAGGCAUUGCAGACAUGUAUCCACAAGCAUAAUUUUUCUCUGUGGGACGUAAAAGCACAGGUAUAAAUUCAGCUAGGCAAUCUGGUGUCUUAACAGGAUGAUAACCACUGCUUAUGUAGCAAUGACUUCAGGGCGUACAUUAAUAGCGGUCCAGGGCAUUGGUAAUAGGAUAUAGAGCCCUAUAUCUCUGGGUUACUCAUUAGAAUAUUGAUGUAGACUGAUGUCACCAGCACAGAAAUCCACCACAAUAGGUGUAACUUUCUUUGGCAGUGUCAGCAAAAAAAAUCAAAGACUGGAUAGGAAAGGGAGACUUCUGUCUCACCCUGAGGCCUUGGCUACGCUUGAGAGUUACAGCGCAAUAAAGCCAC